UUAAAUUAGGGUUAAAAAAGAGGACAACUGUUGGUUCGGCCGAAAAUAGUUCACUCCGUUUCCCCUCGUGCUAUCGCUCGCUCUCGCUUCUUAUAUGUUCAUUCCUUCACGGUUCCCAUACUACAGAUCCUGAACUGGCCCUUUUGCUUACUUUUUUCAGAAAAAGUUGCUUUCACUCCUUCAAUGUCUGAUCUCAAGGCCCCCCUGCGUCCAAAGAGGAAGAAGAUCUGGGUGGACUAUUUUGUUCAAUUCCGAUGGAUUAUUGUUAUUUUCGUUGUUCUCCCCAUCUCCUUCACCCUUUACUUCCUCACAUAUCUUGGGGAUGUUAAAUCUGAGAUGAAGUCUUUCAAGCAGCGUCAGAAGGAGCAUGAUGAAAAUGUCAAGAAGGUUGUAAAACGACUCAAACAGAGGAAUGCCUCAACGGAUGGUCUUGUCUGCACAGCAAGGAAACCAUGGAUUGCUGUUGGAAUGCGCAAUGUUGACUAUAAGCGCGCUAGGCAUUUUGAGGUUGAUUUAUCUGCCUUUCGCAAUAUCCUUGAAAUUGACAAAGAUAGAAUGAUUGCUAGAGUUGAGCCCCUAGUCAACAUGGGGCAAAUCUCCAGGGUUGCAGUCCCAAUGAACCUGGCCCUUGCAGUGAUUGCCGAACUUGAUGACCUUACUGUUGGUGGCCUCAUUAACGGCUAUGGUAUUGAAGGAAGCUCUCACAUCUAUGGCCUGUUUUCUGAUACUGUUGUGGCCUAUGAGAUUGUUCUGGCUGAUGGCCGUGUUGUCAGAGCUACGAAGGACAACGAGUACUCCGAUCUUUUCUAUGCCAUUCCAUGGUCUCAGGGAACACUGGGGCUUCUUGUCUCUGCUGAGAUCAAGCUUAUACCUAUUAAGGAAUACAUGAGGCUUACAUACAAGCCUGUUGUGGGUAAUCUAAAGGAAGUUGCACAGGCAUAUAUAGAUUCCUUUGCUCCCAGAGAUGGAGACCAGGAUAAUCCCGAGAAGGUUCCAGAUUUUGUUGAGACCAUGAUUUAUUCUCCGACUGAAGCUGUAUGCAUGACUGGUAGGUAUGCAUCAAAUGAAGAGGCCAAGAAGAAGGGAAAUGUGAUCAACCGUGUUGGGUGGUGGUUCAAACCAUGGUUUUACCAGCAUGCACAGAUGGCUCUAAAGAGAGGGGAGUUUGUGGAGUACAUUCCAACCAGGGAUUAUUACCAUAGGCACACUAGAUGUCUGUACUGGGAGGGAAAGCUUAUCCUUCCAUUUGCAGAUCAAUUUUGGUUUAGGUUUCUCUUUGGCUGGUUAAUGCCUCCGAAGGUUUCUUUGCUCAAAGCUACUCAAGGUGAAGCAAUCAGGAACUAUUACCAUGAGAUGCAUGUAAUUCAGGACAUGCUUGUUCCCCUUUACAAGGUCGGGGAUGCUCUAGAGUGGGUACACCAAGAGAUGGAGGUAUACCCCAUUUGGCUCUGCCCACACAGAAUGUACAAGCUCCCUAUCAAAACUAUGGUUUAUCCUGAACCAGGCUUUGAGCUACAUCGUAGACAGGGAGACACACAGUAUGCUCAGAUGUACACUGAUGUUGGGGUCUACUAUUCACCAGGCCCUGUCUUGAGGGGCGAGGUUUUUGAUGGUGCGGGGGCUGUCCGUCAAAUGGAGAAUUGGCUGAUCGAAAAUCAUGGUUUCCAGCCACAGUAUGCAGUAUCUGAGCUGACUGAGAAAAACUUCUGGAGGAUGUUUGAUGCUGGGCUCUAUGAGCACUGCAGGGUGAAGUAUGGAGCUGUGGGGACCUUUAUGAGUGUGUACUACAAGUCCAAGAAGGGGAGGAAGACGGAAAAGGAGGUUCAGGAAGCCGAGAAAGCUCAGCUAGAGACUGCUUAUGCUGAGGUUGAUGAACCAGUGGACUGAUUUGAUGUGAGACUUGAAUUCUAUUUGGUGGGUGGUCUGGUUUUAACCUGCUGAUUUGUGGUUGUCUUCCAAUUUCAUUUCAUUUCCCCUCUGCUUCUCAGAUGUGGUGGUUUCCGACAUACCAUGUACACUGAGUUUGCUGAUUUUGCUUAUUGGUUAUUGUGAGACUUGUAACAGAUUAGAUUAGACUUUGUAGCUUUUAAUAAGUUUAAUCUGUGCUUUCUCCCUC